UUUGAAAAAUAUGGAAGGCUCAAAGAAGGGUGAAGGCAAGAAGAAAAUGGUAGGGUCCGGUUCAAAGUCGAGGCCUCAAGAUAAACGUGGUUCGGGUGGUAGUAGUGUCCCGUUUAAUCCGCAACUUGGGUUUGCGAGUCACACCCAACCUCCAUUUUAUUUUAACCAACCCAUGCAUCAACCUUUCGGUUAUGAUACCCAACCCACCCAAAAUUGGAUGCAAUACGGUCCGAGGAUGACUCAAGCCGGUUAUUAUGAUUACUCCCAAGAAGCGCAAAAUGCUUUUGACCCGUUUGCUUUUCAAAACCCAAUGUCACAAUCACCAACCCAAGACGAACAAGAUGACGCCGAUGAGGAGUUCGUGCCGGAAACACAAGAACAUGAGUUACAUGAUAUUGAUGAAGAUGUUGCGGAUGAUGAAGAUGUUGCGGAUGAACCGGAAAAAAAGCAAAAGCCAAACGGGAAAAUUGGUCGCCUAGACAAGAAGAGGCGUUGGCAAAGGCUUUUGUUCAUUGCACUUUGAAUAAAAGAAAAGGCAAUCAACAAAAGAAGGAUAGCUUUUGGAAGAAAGUUCUUAACCACUUUAACGAAACGGUUGGCGGAAGUAAUCGAACCCACCACCAAGUUCGAUCAAAAUGGGUGACGAUGCAAACAAAAAUUAACACAUUCAACGGUCUAUAUCAUCAAGCGGAUCGUUUACGUCCUAGCGGGAGUGACGACGCAUAUGUAAUGAAACAAGCGUUAAAGGAUUACAAAAGCAAAGAAAAUAUUGACUUCGCUCAUGUUGCGGCUUGGGAGGUUGUUAGAACAAGUGAAAAGUGGUCGCCGGUACCUUUGUUGAAUGAAGAAAGCUC